CUUCUUCACCUACAAAACAUUACUUUUCACUUAUAUCCCUACCCUUAUCCUCCCCCUUCUCUUCUUCUUCUUCUUCUUCUUCUUCUUCAGCAGCACCACAGUUCACAGCCAUGGCUGCUUCAGUGAGUGCUGCAGUUUCCCUCCCAUCCUCCAAAUCUUCCUCUCUUCCCACUAGAACCCCAAUCCUCUCCCCAGAAAGAAUCAACUUCAACAAGGUGCCUUUACCCUACAGAAAUGUCUCUGCAGGUGGGAAAGUGGUUACCAUCAGAGCCCAGGUCACAACUGAGGCUCCUAAGAAGGUUGUGAAAGAGUCCAAGAAAAAUGAGGAAGGUGUGGUGGUGAACAAGUUCAAGCCAAAGAAUCCCUACACUGGCAGAUGCCUUCUUAACACCAAGAUCACUGGUGAUGAUGCUCCUGGAGAGACUUGGCACAUGGUCUUCAGCACUGAGGGAGAGGUCCCCUACAGAGAAGGGCAAUCCAUUGGUGUAAUUCCAGAUGGAAUCGACAAGAAUGGAAAGCCUCACAAGCUAAGGUUAUACUCGAUUGCUAGCAGUGCUAUUGGUGAUUUUGGAGACUCCAAAACCGUGUCACUGUGUGUGAAAAGGCUCGUAUACACCAAUGAGAAUGGGGAACUUGUUAAAGGAGUCUGCUCAAACUUUUUGUGUGACUUGAAGCCUGGAGCCGAAGUGAAGAUCACAGGUCCUGUUGGAAAAGAAAUGCUUAUGCCAAUAGACCCCAAUGCCACCAUUAUAAUGCUUGGAACUGGAACCGGAAUUGCUCCUUUUCGCUCCUUCUUGUGGAAAAUGUUCUUUGAGAAGCAUGAGGACUACAAGUUCAAUGGCUUGGCAUGGCUCUUCUUGGGUGUUCCCACUAGUAGCUCACUGCUCUACAAGGAGGAAUUUGAGAAGAUGAAGGAGAAAGCACCAGAGAACUUCAGGCUUGACUUUGCAGUGAGCAGAGAGCAAACCAAUGAGAAAGGUGAGAAGAUGUACAUCCAAACCAGGAUGGCUCAGUACGCCGAAGAGCUAUGGGAAUUGCUCAAGAAGGACAACACCUAUGUCUACAUGUGUGGGCUCAAAGGCAUGGAGAAGGGAAUCGAUGACAUAAUGGUGUCAUUGGCCGCCAAAGAUGGGAUUGAUUGGACUGACUACAAGAAGCAACUGAAGAGGGCAGAGCAAUGGAAUGUGGAAGUGUACUAGUUUGGCUAUCUUUGUACAAAUACUUCCCAGCCAUCUUUGUGAUUUCUGUGUAGAUAGGUAACCUCUUUUGCAGUUUUUUUUUUUUUUUCUUUUUUCCUUUUCUUUUUUCCCCCCUUUUUGACUUCAUAAAGCAAUUGUAUUAUUAUUUUUGAGAGCAUGUACCCAAAAUUUUACUAAAUUCCAAUUAGAGGGGUUUGUGGCCCUUCAAUUGAUACUA